CUCUUACAGUAAUAAAAAAGAGAAAAUGGUGAAAGGGCCUUGAUGGAUCGGUCUGUUUUUUUUCAUGUCAUUCGGUACAUUGGUAACACACAAACAAUCUGAUCCUUUGUGCCAAUUUCGACGAGGAAGAUCCAGCUGCGAAAUGACACAACGCAGACAGCCAUCAACACCCAUUUGAUUACGCUUUUUUCAACAAAUAUGGUGUUCACUAGAUUCCUAUAUGUUCUUACCCCCAGAUCACCGUCGUUUUUUAUUUUGUUGUUUUUAUGCUGCAAAAGUUAAAUCGUUAAAAAUGGUGCCUUAACUUGAUUGUGAUACCGAACUGGCCCGAGGGAACACCACUAGGCGGAACGACAGUCGGCGGGGAGUUAUCCCCGCACGGACUCAUUAUCACGUGACACCGCUGGUAAGCCUUUCUGAGCGCGACAAUAACGAACAGAAAAUAUAUGUUUAUACAGAUAUUGUCUGACGCCUCUGAGCGAGUCUGUUUUCCCGAAGCGUCGAGCUGAACACUUCAGCCCAACAGAUGCCGUUCACCUGAACAUCUGGAAGUGAUAUUAUGGCAGCGGAAGAGCUGCUGUUUAUAGAUAUUGAACCAAAGUCAAACAUCUGCGGUCCUGGUGAAGGCAGAGCUGAGAAGCUCACCUGGACUUGCAGUGACGACACUUUUAGAUUUAACUUCCUCCCUGAAAGUUCCCCAGCUCUUCAAGAGAAAACAUCUCCAUCACCCGGCGGGUGCCAAACCACAGCCAGCCUCAUAUCCCUAACGGGACCCGGCUCUGAUUUUGCCUUCGACUUUCAAAUUCCUCCGGUGGAAAACAUGGAGACGACGGAUGCCCGAGACAUCUCCUCUCUGAGCAGCCAGCGGCACGUCCGAGAGGCGAAGCCUUCCCCCCCGCAGGGGGCUAACCCCCCACCUGAGCCUUCACUGCAAUCAAAAGCAAAGAAGAAGAAGAAGAAGAAAUCUGGAAGGAACAACCUCUCCGACGCAGAGGCACAGCAGACGCCAACUUCAGCUGAGGGGGGUCAAGGCGGCGGGGACCCAGAGCUGAGUGCUGAGGAGCAGCUGAACAGACAGCUGGACUGGUGCAUCGAGCAGCUGGAAUGUUCCCUGGGGACCCAGAAGAUUGCACCUAAACAGAAAGAGGAAGCCUCCCGCGCCCUGAAGACUCUACGAAGCUCAAAAGCUCCCCUGGCCAAGAAGAGGCAGGUGAUGAGAGCCAUGACCGGGGAUUACAGGAAGAAAAUGGACGAGGAGAAGAGCAGGCAGCACAAGCUCAUACAGAGUGAAAUUGCAUCCGCUCAGGUAAAAGUUGUUUCAAAAUCUCCAAAGAAACCAUUAUUCCACCGGAGGGCUGAGGUCAAGCAGGCACCCGGCGCAGGGGAGAAGCUGGAUGACGUGCAGGACACAGACCUGAAUGCAAAGGAGGAGACCUCAGCUUUUGUCUUUACUUCGUCAAAGGAGGCCUUCCACUUCAACUUUCUGUGAUCCAGCCCUGUAGCCACUCAAAAUAUUUGCUUUUAAAUUGCUGACUACUUGUAACAACAAUCUCAAUAAAGGGAUUUUUGUAUUUUU